AUGGGCGAGGAGCAGAGCCAAGAAACUGUGUCUAAGCGGAAACAGUCCCAAAAAAUACACCCAAUUGCAAUAGCCAACGACAAGACCGAUGAGGAGUUCAUCAAGGACUAUCUACAGCCAAGUGCUGAUACAUUUCGUAGCCAAGAUUGGGCGACAUGGACGCAUCCUCUAACACAGAAGCCAUACUCGCUGGAGUUCCUCUCAUCCCACGAGCUUUCUAAGGACGACUUCAAGGCCUGCUUCGACAUCAUCGAGCUUACUAGCGGCGUAGACUACAGAAACUCUUCGGUGGGAUGGCAUCCGUCCAUGAAGAAGAAGGAGAUGAAGUCUCCCGAUCUGCGGUACAUUCUCGUCAAGGAUGACCAAGGCACAGUCAAGGGGUUCACGUCCUUGAUGCCGACGUUUGAGAACCACGAGCCCGUGCUGUACUGUUACGAAGUUCAUCUGGUUCCCGAGCUCCAAGGGUAG